AUUGUGGGAUGUGAAUGGUUCCAAACGAAAAAGAAGAGAGUUCCUGUAGAAGUCGCCGAAUUACUGCUCGAAAAUGUCGAACAUGGACGAUCACGAGGAGUUUGAAAUGCAGUUAGCAUUGAAUAGAGAAGCUGCAGAGAAAGAGGGUCGAAGAGACAGAAAACGAUCCAGAUCAAGAAGCAGAGAAAGACGUCGUUCACGCAGCAAGGAUCGUUCGCGGCGAUCACGUUCUCGUGACAAGGAGAGAGAAAGGAAGAGGAAGUCAAGGAGUCGCUCAAGAGAAAGACCAGUGCGUAGACGAAAGAAGCCCUACAAAUACUGGGACAUACCACCACCAGGCUUUGAACAUGUAUCCACAAUGCAAUAUAAAGCCAUGCAAGCUGCUGGUCAAGUGCCCCAGACAGUCACCGUACCCAAUGCUGCCCUCACUCACACCACUGUGCCAUUUGCUGGCAGUGCCAUCAGCAGACAAGCUCGGCGUUUGUAUGUAGGAAAUAUUCCCUUUGGUGUAACAGAGGAAGCAAUGAUGGAUUUCUUUAACCACCAGAUGAAAAUGACAGGCCUAGCUCAGGCAGAUGGAAACCCAGUAAUAGCUGUGCAGAUAAAUCUUGACAAAAAUUUUGCAUUUUUAGAAUUUCGAUCUGUGGAUGAAACAACCCAGGCCAUGGCAUUUGACGGUAUCAAUUUCCAAGGACAGUCCCUUAAAAUACGAAGACCCAGAGACUAUCAGCCUUUACCAGGAAUGGCAGAAACUCCAUCUGUAAAUGUACCAGGUGUUGUCUCCACCGUCGUUCAAGACUCUCCUCAUAAAAUAUUUAUUGGAGGUCUACCAAACUAUUUAAAUGAAGAUCAGGUGAAAGAGUUGCUGACGUCAUUUGGGCCCCUGAAGGCCUUUAACCUGGUGAAAGACAGUGCCACAGGGUUAUCUAAAGGGUAUGCCUUCUGUGAAUAUGUGGACAUCUUAGUUACUGACCAGGCUUGUGCAGGCUUGAAUGGCAUGCCUUUAGGGGAUAAAAAACUGAUCGUGCAGCGUGCCAGUGUUGGUGCAAAGAAUGCUCAAAAUCCUGUACCGCUACAAGUACCGGGGCUGAAUCUGAGCUCUGGGGCAGGUCCACCCACAGAGGUGCUGUGCUUGAUGAAUAUGGUCACUCCGGAAGAGCUGGAGGAUGAGGAGGAGUAUGAAGACAUUGUUGAGGAUGUGAAGGAGGAAUGUAACAAAUAUGGAGUUGUCAGAAGUCUGGAGAUCCCACGACCAGUUAAGGGUGUGGAUGUGCCAGGAGUGGGCAAGAUCUUUGUGGAGUUUAGUUCCAUCAUUGACAGUCAGAGAGCACAGCAAGCCUUGGCUGGUCGGAAAUUUGCAAACCGAGUUGUUGUCACAUCUUUCUAUGAUCCAGAUAAAUAUCAUCGCCAUGAAUUUUAAAUGUCUUCGUUAAAGCAAUGAGCAUUCUGUGUGCUUUGCAGUUUGAAGUUGUCUUACGAGACUGUUGAAGAUGAACUUGUAAUAAUACAGGCAAGUCAGAGUAAAAUCUUAAUUCAUUUCUCAUUUUGUAAUCAUCUCCGUUUUAGACAAGGAAAGUAAUAUUAAUCGUGUUGACUGGUAUCGAUUCACUUCUAAAUCUUUGCUAAUGUGGUCCAUUAUGACCUAUGUUGUCAAGAAAUGAUUUUAUGUACAGUGAGCAUCAAUAAAGUAUCACAAUAGAAA